UUUUCGGUAAAUGCUUUCGGAACUAACAUCUCUCCUUUCAUUUUCACUCUUCUCUUCUCUUUUCUUCUUUUCUCUUCUUUUCUCUUUUCUUCUCUUCAGACUCCCUUUAUCAACAGCUCCAGAAAAACCGGGUCCUUUCACAUGAGCUCAGUUUAGCACUCAAUGAAUUCUAACCUCACAACAGAAUGAGAGAAAACCAGGGCAUACACUGAAUAUUACACUGUCUACUGUUUGUGUUGCACACAAAGUAACCAAUAAUCUGUGAUGACGGAUAGUCCAUAAUUUCAUUACUUAUUAUUGUUGAUACGUCGAGGCUAAAAACGUAUUAUAAAAAUCUGUGGAUUUACUGUGUAUGGGUUGCAUCCGCAUAAGUGACAAAACCUACACCACUAGUCAAAAGUUUUUGAACAGUAGCAUUUUUUUUUUGAAGAAGAAGUCUCUUCUGCUCACCAAGCCUGCAUUUAUGUGAUCCAAAGUACAGCAAAAAGAGUAAAAAUGUUAAAUAUUUUUACUAUUUAAAAUAACUGUUUUCUAUUUGAAUAUUUUAAAAUGUAAUUACUCCAGUCAGUAUUCUAAUUUGCUGCUCAAAAACAUUUAUUGUUUGAAAAAGCUGAGUAGGCUUUUUCAAGUUUCUUUGAUGAAUAAAAACUUCAUAAGAACAGCGUUUAUCUGAAAUAGAAAUCUUUUGUAACAUUAUUUGUCUUUAUCAUCGCUUUUGAUCAAUUUAAAACUUCCUUGUUAAAUAAAAGUAUGAAUUUCUAUUACUCUUCCCCCCCCAAAAAUAUACUACAAGUUUAUGCAUACUCCAAGCUUAUGAAUUGUAUAGUGUAUAAUGUUACAAAAGGUUUUUAUUUCAGAUAAAUGCUGAUCUUUGGAUCUUUCUAUUCAUCAAAAUUCCUGAAGAAAAUUGACUUAGCUGUUUUAUAUAAUAUUAUUAUUAUUAAUAAUAAUAAUAAUAAUAAUGUUUCUUGAGCAGCAAAUCAGCAUAUUAGAAUGAUUUCUGAAGGAUAAUAUGUCACUGAAGACUGGAGUAAGGAUGCUAAAAAUUUUGAUUGAUCGUAGGAAUAAAUUACAUUUUACAAUAUAUUCAAAUAGAAAGCAGUUAUUUUAAAUAGUAAACAUAUUUCAGAUAUUUGUUGCUGUACUUUGGAUCAAAUAAAUGUAGGCUUGGUGACUUUUUAAGAAAAACUACAAAUCUUACUGUUCAAAAACUUUUGAUGGGUAGUGUAAAUCUUACAUUUUAAAUGUAAAAAAAUCAUGGCAACCUGUUUCCUUUAAAUGGUGAACAGCCUUAACCUUUUCAAUGUACUUUAUGCAGAAGGAAAAAUUGACACAGAAAAGGAAAAGUGAUAUCUGCAUUAUAUAACACACCUUGGAUCAUUACCGAAGGUGUGUUGUGUUGUGGCAGUACUAUAUUUACUUAUGUUGAUAAUUCCUCUAGAAUCAGAGAAAUAUUUAUAGAAUAAAUAUAUGAAUUAGACACUUGUAAAACUAUAAAUCCAUGUUUAUCACAUUUAAAAUGUGCAAUUUUUAAUAUUCAUGCAAUGUGCAACCCUCAGGUACACAAAUAUAAAUGUUUACAUUUUUUGCAACUUGCUAAAUGAUUAAUAUAACUGAAGAAAUAAAAUAAUUGAAUCUCAAAAUACCAAAUGUGUUUCCUCACUUGCAUGAACAUACUUGUUGCGUCAUUUUGUGACUUUUUUUCAAUCAUAGUAAACAUGUUGUUUUGUAGACAGACUUCUGCUCGCUGUGAGACUUUUAAGCAAUUUCCGGUUCCGCGUUCGUUCAGAAGGGUCAAAUGUGAGAAGAAAAUCUGUGUGAAAAUGGAAGGGGAUGCAGCUUCUCCAAACAUCCUGGGGGAAAGUAAAGCUGGAUAUAUCCUGAGUAAUGUUGCCGAGGUCGUGGAGAGGAUUUUGACAUUUGUGCCGACUAAAAAUCUCUUCCGAAUAGCAAGUGUUUGCAGGCUAUGGAGGAAUUGUGCACGCAGAGUCUUGAGGACACAGCAGAAAUUGACCUGGCUCUCUGCCUCUGGCUCAUCCAUGUCCGUGGAGCAUGCUUUGAUUAGAACUAUGGCAGAAGACCUGGAGAAGAUCUAUCUGCUGCCCCAGACAGCUCUCAUAAUGGUGGAUGCGGAGAACUUUAAUUGGCCUUCUGGUUACAGACACAAAAAGGCCAGGAAGUCUGAGGAGUCAGAUGUUGGGAGGCUAAAACACUUACUGCCCAGCACUUGUGAUGUAGUAGGCGUUGUCGCACCAGGAAUUGUGGUGACCCCCAGUGGUUCACCCAGCAGCCCCCCAGAGGAGCACGAAGAGGGUGAAGCUGGCUUCAGUCUGCUUUUCCCUGCCAUGGAAGGGGUUACCAUCCGACCUUUUCACUUUUGCAAAAAGAGCCUCAAUGAAUCAACAAUGGAGGAAGCAGGGUUGAUCAAUAACCCUGAUCUAAAGGUGGUGCUGUUGUUUGACUACGAGACCUGGAAAGCUGGAGGUGGGAGCUUUCUUAACAAGCUACUGGAACCUCUUUCUCAAAACAAUGUACUCAUUGUUGGCGGACAAGUUGACAGGGCCUUUUCCAGUUACACAACCUGCUGUUCUCCAGGAUCUUUUGGUGUAGUCGGACUGACCUUCAGUGGCUCCAAGAUCCAGGGUGCCUCAGUGCUGGUGGACCAGGACGUAAGCACCCCGAAAGCAGCAGAGGCUACUAUCCAGCGACUGAAGGCUGCUAAUAUCCCAGAGAGGAACACCAUGGGCUUCAUGUUUGCCUGUGUGGGCCGCGGCCACAACAGCUAUAAUAACCUGCGAAAUGUGGAGGCCAGUGCUUUCCGGAAAAUCUUCUCCAACAUUCCGCUUUUGGGAUUCUUUGGCAACGGGGAGAUCGGCUGUGACCGUAUUGUCAAAGAGAACUACACGUUGAGCGAGACAGAUGCUGAUGGACUACAACAUUCUUUUACUACAGUCAUGAGUCUGGUGCAUUUUGGCUAACACGAACUCAAAACUGAGACAAACAAGUAGGCAACCGCUAGUUAACUUGGUCUUUCAGGACACACACCGGCUGCUUGUUUAAGUUAACAGAGCAGGUCCAAUGGUGAUCAGGUAUAAUUCUCCUAGGUUCUUUCCUUUGACUUUUUUCUUAAUCAGGAUGUGAGUGAGGCAUGAAAAAACAAUUAGGUAGGUGAAAAACUUGUCCAUGGGUGCAACUUUGUGCGCAUGCUAAUUCUGAUGUCUGAAAACACUGAAGUGACCUCUUGUUUGGAAAGGUUAUUACUUACAGAACGGUUUUGAAAAACAGUUAGGAUUUAGUUUGAAUGGCAUGGUGCUAAACCUUGACCUUUUGACUUCAGUUUAUAUGUAAAACUAUUUUUUUAUGUGUAGCACAAAGCUGAAACCUGUCAACCGAUCAGUUUUCUUGUGGGCUGUAUGGCUCACUCAGGCCUUAUAUACAGAUAGUUUGUAAAAUUCAGGCACUUUUGACAAAAAAAAAGAAAGGUAAUUGUGAUGGAAUGGCUACUGAUGUAGCCGUUCAUCAACCUUAGUAUGGCUUAUGGAACUCUAGUGGGAAUUCCAUUAUCUUUACAGAUUUUACAUGUAAAUGUUCUCCAGACUGAUUGCUGACCUACAUUGACUGUCCAAUUUAACAUGUCCAAUAGCAAGUGCUACAAAACUGCAAUGAAAGACAGAAGCAAUGUGCAGAAUUAGUUUCUGGCAGGGUUUAAAAAGCUGAACCUUAUCAGCACACGUGUAACAUAACAGUUGACUUGCUAGCAGUUCUUAGUGUUCAGAUUAGAAUACUAAUUAAAAGCAGAAGUAAAAAAAAGUGGAAUUUCUUUGUAAUAACCUCACUGUAUUUAUUGCCUGUCCCAAUCAAAAUCCUGUUUAAAAAAAAAAAAAAUCCAGUUUAA